GGGGUGGCCUACAGGGAGAGACUGCUCUGAAGCAAUAAAUAGAAGGAAAGACCAUGAUUUCUUCCCAAACUGAACUACCAAAGGAGAGAGAUGAUAGCCUGCCUUAAUGCUGUUUUUCUUUACCCCUGGGCCUGAGAAACCUUUUAAAUCUCUUCAAAAAAUGUUGCCACAGAUGAGGACCGUAGGCUAAACAACAUUCCUGGAAGUGCUAUUCUCUCCACUCCAAGUCAUGAUCAGCUCAAUGUGUGUGUCCUCUCAGGGCCAUACUUCAGCCCAUGGCCACGACAGGACGUCGUCGAAAACAUGUCUAAGGGAAGACUGGGACAAAAAAGGGGAUGUCACAAAAAAGGUUGUGAUCAACGUUGGUGGCAUGCGUCAUGAAACUUACAUGGGCACUCUCAAGAGCUUGCCUGGUACCCGUUUGGCUAAACUGAUGGACCAUGACCCCAGUGGUGACCCUGAAAUAUUCUUUGACAGACAUCCAGGUGUUUUCUCCAAUGUUCUGAAUUACUACAGAACUGGUAAGCUUCACUGUCCAAAAGAUGUCUGCGGUCCCCUUUUUGAAGAGGAGUUGGCUUUUUGGGGGGUCGACGAGGUGGACGUGGAACCUUGUUGCUGGAUAACAUUCUGCCAACAUAGGGACGCCGAAGAGGCCCUUGCAGCGUUCGGACCAUCUGACUCAAAUGUGCACCACAAUGAAGAGUUUCCAGAGCCAUUCGAUAUUGAGGACAACCCAGAUAAUUCUCAGAGCUGCUUCAAAAGGUGGAAACCGAAAAUAUGGUCUUUAUUUGAUGACCCGUUCUCGUCUAAGGCUGCCAAGGUUUGUAUUCUUUAUUCUCUCCCAAUGAAAAAUCAGGCUAGUCAGUGUGAGGCUGGCAAUUCCCUCUGGGCAUUCCUACCAUGCUGUGGAGAAGGUGGUAUGGUAGCAGGCUGGCUCUGUUUACUGCAGUUAAAAACCAUAUGGCUUUUCCAUAAACCAAACAGCUCUAAUGACUGUCCAGAGCAGGCAGCAGGCAUAGAAACGGAUCACAGCAUUGAAACGGAGUCACUCAUUUUUAAGAAAAAUAAACACUUGCAAUGGCUUGGAGAAGCACGUGGAAGCAGCUCUGAUAGCCUGAAGCAUGUCUGAUAUAUCACACCCCUUUAAAGGCUGUGGCUGUGAAUAUUGAGUUUUGCCCCUGCUCUGCCCCUCUGGAAACCGCUUUCUCAAAGCUAUGGAUCCGGAUCACGUUCUGCGCAUGUGUUAUUUUACGCACACAUUUUUUCCUAUUUAGUUGCAGCUCACUUGCCACCAGUCCCUUCACAUUUCUCUCAUUACUCACCCUCUUCUGAACCAUGAUGAUGUAGUCUAUGUCACUACCUCAUAUUUCUGAACAGCUGAAAUAAAAACCUUGCUGUGAUUUGAACUAACAUUCAAGGCCAUUAUGAAGGCUACAACCUUCUCUGUCUGUUGGAAUGGAUAUUGCAGUUCCACAAGCAGGACAGCGUACAUACAUGUUGCAUUGGAGCAAAAACUAUCUGCGUUUUGUGAGAUGAUGUAGGCUAAUCUUUGUAGUUGCUGCCAUAUCGUUGCCACUGGCCAGAGUUGCUGAAAUAGAACUUUGACUGCCUGUCCGCCUCCUGCUUAGCCAAUGUUUGCAAUGAUGAUUAAAAGAUAACAUUAAAUUGCUAAUUAGACUGUAUCUCUGUGUCUUGCUUGUGUUUGAUAUGCUACCUAAAUAGCUGCAUGUAACUCCCCACUUGAGUUUUGCCUUGGGGCAAAAAACUAUCUGCAAGUUUUUACGAACAUGUUUAAUCGUCUUUUGUGUACAAUAUGUAAAUAGCUGCAUGUAGCCUAAUUCCCCUCCUGAAAAAAUAACAUGAAAUCGUGCAUAUGCUUAAUAGCCUACUGAGGCAUGGAAUGCAAUAAAUAGUUGGAACAUGUCAACCAUGCCCUUUGUGUUCAACAUAAGAUUUGUAGGCUACACCCCAGGCAAAGGUGUUCAAGGAGGGGGAAGCGGCAGCGGAGCACUGGGCAGCAGCUACUCAAAAAAAAAAUAUAUAUUGCACAUGCACAGAAAUCUCCAUGUAUUUAGCCAUGGCAAAUCAGGUUUCCAAAAAAUCCGGAACCGCAACCACUCCAUUAAUUAAAUGGAAAAUGCCGGAGACCACAAGAACAAAAUCAAAUAAAAUCAAACAUAUUUCUAUAGUACAUUUCAUUGCUGCCUUGCAGCAACACAAUGCACUUCACAAAUAAAAAUAGAAAACAAAAAGGAAUAAGAGAUAAAUAAAAGUAAUCACAGACAAUAAAGGGCAAUAAAAACGAGUACAAAAGGUAGAAGUAUAAACCACAUUUUACAAAUAAGUAAAGGCUAAAAGGUGUGUGCAAAAAUAAAUUAAAAAUCCACUGUUUCUACUACCCUCAGAUUCUCAGGUAGGCUGUUCCAUAGGCUAGGACUGUAAUAAUAAAAGCAGCUUCACCAGAAUUGAAGCUUCAGGGUGAAUCUAAAUUCUAUCUUCUUGAUAUCUUACAUACGUUUUCCUUUCCUCCUUCUUAAAACAGAGAAGAUUAGAGUGCAGGAACUUCAGAUCUUCUGCUCCGAUGUGCUUUGAUAAGGAGAUGGGCAGAGAAGAUGUGAGGAAUAAAAAAUUCAAUUGAGAUUCACCCUCAGAGUCCCUUGAAUGGUUCAGUCAUGUAACUCCCAUUGAGUCAUGUCACCCAAACGGAAGGUAAUGUGGCUCCAUAUGAAACAGCGACCAUGGGAUUGAGCCAGUUUAGGAGACAGCACACAAGCCUAAUAAUCUCACCGACCAACAGCCUUUUUUAUACAGUACCAUUGUAUAUCCAACACGUCAAUCAAACUGCAAAGACAAAUAAAUGAGUGUGUUGUUUGUGUCUUUAAUCAUUAUGAGAUGAUCCACUCAGUCAUAUGAUGCCUCUUGUCAUUUGCAGGUCAUUGCGUUUCUUUCCCUCUUCUUCAUCCUCCUUUCCAUCACAGCUUUCUGUCUGGAGACACAUCAGAGCUUCCAAACGUUAGAGAACCGCACAGAGCUGGUCAUAGAUGGGAACCACACCGAAGAGGUGACGUACUAUGAGAUAGUGACCGAACCUGCUCUGACCGUGGUGGAGGGCGUCUGUGUGGUGUGGUUCAUAUUUGAGUUUCUGGUACGUUUCACCUGCUGCUCCAACAUACUGGUGUUUGUGAAGAACAUACUGAACAUCAUUGACUUUGUGGCCAUCCUGCCCUUCUUCCUGGAGGUGGGGCUGAGUGGGAAAGCCCUGGGCUUCCUGCGUGUGCUGCGCUUUGUGAGGAUCCUGAGGAUCUUUAAGCUGAUGCGCCACAUGGUGGGCAUCCGUGUGUUAGUCUACACACUAAAGGCCAGCGUUCCAGAGUUCUGCCUCCUCGCUGUCCUCUUUGGAAUUGGAAUACUAAUUUUCAGCACCCUGGAAUUCUAUGCAGAGCGAGUACAUGGUGACCCUGAAGACCCAACUUUGGCUGCACACACCAAUUUUAAGAACAUCCCCAUAAGCUUCUGGUGGGCGGUGGUUACCAUGACAACCCUGGGCUAUGGGGACAUGUACCCGGAGACCUGUUCCGGCAUGGUAAUUGGAGCCCUGUGUGCUCUGGCAGGUAUUCUGACCAUAGCCAUGCCUGUCCCAGUCAUAGUCAAUAACUUCCGCCUGUACUACUCCCUGGCCAUGGCCCAACAAAAGCUCCCAAAGAAGAAGAAGAGGCAACACCUGCCCUGUCUGGAGCGCUUAGCCAGCCAUCCCCAAGAGCAGACAGAAUUAUGCCUGUAAUCAGGGGUGCGGUCUUAUUCAGGUAUUUUAUAAUAUUUGUAUAUUCAUAUUUGAUUAUAUUAAUAUCCCUAUUUUUGUUGCUCAGAAAACAAGCUCAAUUUUUCUCUCUCUUUCCCUCUUAGAGUCCAACGUGCCUUUAAUUGAAUCCCAGCCUAAGUCUGACUAUGAGACCCUGGAGGUAAAGACUGGAUCCUGAUUGUACCAUUACACCGGAUUGGGACAUUAUAGUUAUGUUAUACCAUGAAUAACAUUAUAACAUGUUACAUUUUAUCAUCUUUAUAGCCCAUCACAUGGUAUAACAAUAUUUGUUUGUGUGUAUUUAAAGUACUACAUAUUAUUGGUUUAUUGGUUUAUUCGGAUCCCCAUU